AUGGCUCGGGAGCACCUGCCCGAGCGGGCGUGGGGUCGGAGCCGGGUAUACGAGGCGUACUUUUUAAAAUAUGCCGAAGACAUAUACUCCCUUAUUUACCGGUGUUGCAAGCUGUACCCGCAUUCGGGAGACGGGUUGAGACGGAGUCGUGAUGCUGCUGCCUGCUCCGUGCUCUGGUUACCCAGAGAGGAGGAGGUGGUGGCCUUAGGAGAAGUGCCUGAUGGGACGGUGGUCACCGUCAUGGCUGGAAACGACGAGAACUACUCUGCAGAGCUGCGAAACGCUUCUGCCGUGAUGAAGAACCAGGUGGCCAGAUUUAAUGACUUACGAUUUGUGGGCAGAAGUGGAAGAGGGAAGAGCUUUACUUUGACAAUAACUGUCCUGACAAAUCCCCCCCAAGUCGCUACAUACCACAGAGCUAUAAAGGUUACAGUGGAUGGGCCAAGGGAGCCAAGAAGGCACAGACAGAAGCUUGAUGACUCUAAACCUAGUUUGUUCUCUGAACGCCUCAGUGAUUUAGGGCGCAUUCCUCAUCCCAGUAUGAGAGUAGGGGUCCCGACCCAGAGCCCACGGCCCUCUCUGAACUCUGCACCAAGUCCUUUUAAUCCACAAGGACAGAGUCAGAUUACAGACCCCAGGCAGGCGCAGUCAUCCCCGCCAUGGUCCUAUGACCAGUCUUACCCAUCCUACUUGAGCCAGAUGACUUCACCGUCCAUUCACUCCACAACUCCCCUGUCCUCCACUCGAGGCACAGGACUUCCAGCCAUCACCGAUGUGCCCAGACGCCUCUCAGAUAUUAUUAUAAUCUUGGAUGCUGCUGCCAUACACCUGUUUGACUCGCAGCCAGGUGAAUUUCUUGCUGUCGUGUUUUCCCCUUCCACCAAGCUCAUAGUGCUGGAAAUGUUGAUCACUCCACUGAGCUGCAUCGCCGACAAGCUGAACUUCAGCCAGCAGGCGUCCCGUGGUGACUCGGGGCACGUCUGCAUUGCACAGCGGCGAGUCCCGCUCUGCGGCUUUUGUCGACAGCCACAGCUUUGCUCCUGCGAUGCCGAGGGUCGUGACGUCCCCGAGCUGCUCUCGUUCUGCCCCAUGAGACGGGCGCAGGGGUUCGGCUCGGUGUUUGCCCGUGCAUCUCCCCGCGGGGCUCCUUCGCACCCUGAGCCUCCCGAAAUUCCUCUGACCGGUGGGUCUUGA